AUAUCUUGUGCAGGUGUACCAACUAAGAGUAUUGUGGUUGGACUUACCAUUACAGGAUUGUUUCUUCUCACAGCCGGCUUUGUUGCAGCAUGUUAUGCAAAGAAAAGAAAGCUACACUAUGAUGCGAAAAUUGAGAAAUUUCUAGAAGACUAUAGAGCUCUUAAGCCUUCAAGAUACUCCUAUGCCGAUAUCAAAAAAAUCACCAAUGAUUUUGAGGACAAAGUGGGGCAAGGAUCCUAUGGAACGGUUUAUAAAGGAACCCUUUCAAAAUCAAACGAUGUCCAUGUUGCUGUAAAGAUGUUAAACAGUUGUGUAGGAAAUAGCAAUGAAGGACUAGACUUUGUCAAUGAAAUGGGGAUCAUGGGAAAAAUUCACCAUGUCAACAUCGUGAGGCUUGUCGGGUAUUGUGCCGACGGAUUUAGGAGAGCACUCAUUUAUGAAUUCCUACCCAACGAUUCCCUUGAGAAGUACAUCUUGUUUGACACUGAGAAGUUAUCGAUCGGAUGGAAGAAGCUAGAAAGUAUUGCACUCGGCAUUGCUAAAGGUAUUGAAUACCUUCACCAAGGCUGUGAACAAUGCAUCCUUCACUUCGAUAUAAAACCCCAAAACGUUCUUCUCGACUGCAACUUAGUUCCAAAGAUCUCCGAUUUUGGAAUGGCUAAGCUAUGCUCCAAGGAACAAAGUGUUGUAUCAAUGACCACGGCAAGAGGCACAUUAGGAUACAUUGCACCAGAAGUGUUUACUAGAAACUUUGGCAGUGUCUCUUACAAAUCAGAUAUCUAUAGUUUUGGGAUGUUGUUACUUGGAAUUGUGGGUGGGAAGGAGAACCAUGAUCACGAUGAUUCUUCUAACCAAAUGUAUUAUCCUGAAUGGAUCUACAAUCAACUAGAAGGGGGGAAAGAGCUAAGAAUCCAAGUUAUAGAGGAUGGGGAUAACGUAAUUGUGAGAAAAUUGGCAAUUGUGGGACUUUGGUGCAUUCAAUGGUAUCCAACAGAUCGACCGGCAUCAAUGAAAGUUGUGAUACAAAUGCUAGAAGGAGAUGGAAGCUCACUUGUUGUACCCCCAAACCCGUUUGCUCAUAAUUUGUAAUUUGAAGCAAUCUAU